AUUCUCUCUCCUCAUCAUACAUUCCCUCCCUCCCUCUCCAAUACAACAACACUUCUCCCUCACACCACCGACGUAAUACCAGCGACAAUGCCAAACCCAGUCAACACCGAGCAGAUCCUCCAAGAUGUCAACAUCUUUGGCCGAUUGAACGACCAAACCCGCCAGAUCCUCUCCAAGGAUGCCACCAUCUUCCUCGCCGUCCUCCAUCGUACCUUCAACGCCCGCCGCAAGGCAUUGCUCGAGCGCCGCCUCGUCCGUCAAGCCGAGCUCGACAAAGGCCACCAGCUCGACUUCCUCCCAGAGACUGCACACAUCCGCGAGAACGAUGCAUGGAGGGGUGCACCACCCGCGCCAGGUCUCGUGGACCGCAGACUUGAGAUCACUGGACCAACAGACAGGAAGAUGGUUGUCAAUGCCUUGAACGCAGAUGUGUGGACCUACAUGGCCGACUUUGAGGACUCGAAUGCCCCGACAUGGGACAACAUGAUCAACGGCCAGCUGAACCUCCACGAUGCGAUUCGCAGGCAGGUGGACUUUAAGAUUGGCGACAAGGACUACAAGCUCCGCACCGACCGUACCCUCCCGACCCUCAUCGCCCGUGCUCGCGGAUGGCACCUCGAGGAGAAGCACUUCACCGUCGACGGUGAGCCAAUCUCCGGUGGUCUCUUCGACUUCGGUCUGUACUUCUUCAACAAUGCCCGCGAGCUCGUCAAGCGCGGCACCGGCCCAUACUUCUACCUCCCCAAGAUGGAGAGCCACCUCGAGGCAAGACUGUGGAACGAUGUGUUCAACCUCGCACAAGACUACAUUGGCAUGUCCCGAGGCACCAUCCGUGCCACCUGCCUCAUCGAGACCAUCACCGCCGCGUUCGAGAUGGACGAGAUCAUCUACGAGCUCCGCGACCACUCCUCCGGCCUGAACUGCGGUCGCUGGGACUACAUCUUCUCCGUGAUCAAGCGUCACCGUCAGAACAGCCAGUUCGUGCUGCCCGACCGCUCCGCCGUGACCAUGACCGUUCCCUUCAUGGACGCCUACGUGCGUCUGCUCAUCAAGACCUGCCAUCGCCGCGGCGUGCACGCCAUGGGUGGUAUGGCCGCUCAGAUCCCGAUCAAGAACGACGAGGAGGCGAACAAAAAGGCCAUGGACGGCGUGCGUGCCGACAAGCUGCGUGAGGUCCGUGCCGGACACGACGGUACAUGGGUGGCUCACCCUGCGUUGGCCCAGAUUGCGGGCGAGGUAUUCAACAAGCACAUGACGACUCCCAACCAGCUCCACGUUCGUCGUGAAGACGUCCAGGUCAACGCCAACGACCUGUUGAACAUGAACGUGCCCGGCAGCAUCACCGAGGACGGAAUCCGAAAGAACUUGAACAUCGGUCUCGGCUACAUGGAGGGCUGGCUGCGCGGCGUUGGUUGCGUGCCAAUCAACUUCUUGAUGGAGGACGCCGCUACCGCCGAGGUGUCCCGAUCACAGCUGUGGCAGUGGGUGCGCCACGGCGUGUCGACCGAUGCGGGCAAGAAGGUCGACAAGCAGUACGCUCUCAGGCUGCUGUACGAGCAGGCCGAGGAGCUGCAGAAGAACGGACCAAAGGGUAACAAGUACCCAUUGGCUGCCAAGUACUUUGCUACCCAGGUCACCGGCGAGGACUACGCCGAGUUCUUGACAUCACUUUUGUACAACGAGAUUACGAAUGCGGGCGAGAAGACGGCGGCUUCUAAGUUGUAGUGAAUU